AUGUCCGACAACGAGAUCUCAAUGGAAACAGGAGAGGAUUGUGAGUUAUACACAGUUUUGUGUAUUAAAAACUGUUUUUGAUAAAUCAUAUUAUUAUGAAUUUAGUGGAUGAGCUCAGACAACAAGCCACAAGACGACGAGGUCGUGGAUUCACCGACAAACAGCAGAGCUCAGGAAGCGGUGGAGCUUAUGACACAUUGAAAGGUGAUGGAGUAGGACCUCAACGAUCUAUUGAUGUAAGUAAUUGUGAAUGACAGUUAAUGUUUAUUGUUUAGAUAAAUAUUAUUAAGAAAGAAAUAACACGAUUUAAACAAACAAACUGGUGUUUUAGGGCUGGACUAUCUUUGUCUCUGGUAUCAAUGAAGAAGUUAUUGAGGACGACAUGAUGGAAAAGCUUCAGGAGUACGGAAAGGUGUUGAACAUGCAUUUGAACUUGGACAGACGUACUGGAUACCUCAAGGGAUACUGUGUAGCUCAGUACGAGACAAAGGAAGAAGCUCAGGCCGCAAUUGAAGGAUUGGACGGAUCAGAAUUCAUUGAGAAGACUUUGAGUGCCGAUUGGGCGUUUGUUAACUCAUCUAAACGACGUUAA